AAGUGAGGAUCUUUGUUUGGUUCUGCAAUAAUAAUUUCGUGUUUUUGUUUAUAAAACACGAAAUGUAUUCUCUUCUCUCUAGUACGCAUAGACCCUACUCUAUGAUCAAACUCUGCUUUCCCUCUUCUCUUUCUUUAUCUCCCUGAAACUAUGGGCUUUGUUCUCUCUUUCUCUCUCUCUGUCUGUCCCUAAAGGCACAGCAACAACACUCACAGUCACACUUAAAAGCACUUCCUUUUCUAACCAAAUCUGAAAUGGGUUUUGCUCGGAAACAUCGAAAAACAGUUACUUUGACUCCAAAACCAGAGCUUUAAUCCGUGUUUCACGGCCUAAAGAUCAAGACUUUUAACUCUUCCUCUCUCCUUUUCUUGAUGAUACAAAUGAAGAAGAACAAAAGUGUGUGAUUGAGUAUACUUAAUUAAAAAAAAUAUGGCAUUAUGGUGCAUGUCAGUUCUUCUGAUUCUUGGGUUCCUAUCAAAAUCUGAUCUUGGUGAAGCUCAGCUAAGCGAUGAAGCUGCAUUGUUAGCUAUUAAGAGAGACCUUAGAGUUCCAGGAUGGGGUAGUAGCAGCAGAGAGUACUGUACUUGGGAUAGGGUCAAGUGUGGUGCCAACACUUCCUUUGUUGAGACGCUUGAUCUCUCAGGGCUUCAGCUUAGAGGUAACGUCACUUUAAUCUCCGACCUCAGAAGCUUAAAGCAUCUAGAUCUCUCUCGUAACAGCUUCACCGGACCGAUUCCUGCAUCUCUCGGCAACUUGUCUGAGCUUGAGUUUCUUGAUUUGUCCCUGAACCGUUUUGCUGGAGCCAUUCCAGUUGAGUUUGGUAACCUUAGAGGUCUUAGAUGGCUUAACGUUUCUAACAACUUGCUUGUGGGAGAGAUACCUGAUGAGCUUAUGUCUCUAGAGAGGUUAGAGGAGUUUCAAGUCUCUGGAAACGGCUUAAACGGUUCUAUACCUCACUGGGUAGGGAACCUGAGUAACCUCAAGGUGUUUACAGCUUAUGAGAAUGAGUUGGUAGGUGAGAUACCUAAAGGGUUAGGUGUGGUUUCUGAACUGGAGUUAUUGAACCUUCACUCAAACCAGCUUGUGGGGAAGAUUCCAAAGGGGGUUUUUGAGAAAGGGAAGCUUAAAGUUUUGGUCUUGACGCAGAAUAGAUUCACCGGUGAGCUCCCUGAAGAGAUGGGAAUCUGCAGCGGCCUCUCCAGCAUUAGAAUUGGGAACAACGAGCUUGUAGGAGUCAUUCCGAAGACAAUAGGAAACAUAAGUGGACUUACCUACUUUGAAGCAGACAAUAACAAUCUCUCAGAUGAGAUUGUUGCAGAGUUCUCAAAGUGUUCUAACCUCACUCUCCUGAAUCUAGCAGCUAAUGGGUUCACUGGAACCAUUCCAGCAGAGGUUGGUCAGCUCAUGAGUCUUCAAGAGCUGAUUCUCUCUGGUAACAGUCUCUUUGGGGAGAUCCCCAAAUCAUUUCUUGGAUUAGGAAACCUCAACAAGCUUGAUUUAAGUAACAACAGACUCAACGGCACCAUCCCUAAGGAGCUUUGCGGUAUGCCGAGGCUUCAGUAUCUGCUCCUUGAUCAGAACUCCAUAAGAGGAGACAUCCCACAUGAGAUUGGAAACUGUAUGAAGCUGCUUGAGCUUCAGCUAGGUCGAAACUACUUGACCGGAACCAUUCCUCCUGAGAUUGGUCACAUGAGGAGCUUACAGAUAGCUCUAAACUUGAGUUUCAACCAUCUUCAUGGACCCUUGCCUGCCGAGUUAGGAAGACUAGACAAGCUUGUCUCACUGGAUGUCUCUAACAAUAUGCUUACAGGAACCAUACCGCAGCUACUAAAAGGCAUGAUGAGUUUGUUCGAAGUUAAUUUCUCAAACAACCUCUUGACCGGUCCAGUUCCAGUCUUUGUUCCAUUUCAAAAGUCUCCAAACUCGAGCUUUUCCGGGAACAAAGAGCUUUGUGGAGCGCCGUUGAGCUCUUCUUGUGGAUAUUCUGAUGAUAUUGAACAUUUGAGGUACAAUCACAGAGUCUCCUACAGGAUUGUGCUCGCAGUGAUUGGUUCAGGUGUUGCUGUGUUUGUAUCAGUCACCGUGGUGGUGGUUCUCUUCAUGAUGAGGGAGAAGCAAGAGAAAGCAGCAGCGGGUAAAAACGUCGAUGUUGAAGAACACGUUGAGGAUGAGCAACCAGCGAUUAUAGCCGGAGAUGUCUUCCUUGAGAAUCUUAAACAAGGGAUUGAUCUAGACGCAGUUGUGAAAGCAACUAUGAAGGAGUCAAAUAAACUCAGCACAGGAACGUUCAGUUCGGUUUAUAAAGCAGUCAUGCCUUCAGGGAUGAUUGUUUCGGUGAAGAAACUCAAAUCCAUGGAUAGAGCAAUAACUCAGCAUCAGAACAAGAUGAUCAGAGAGCUUGAAAGACUCAGCAAACUUUGCCAUGAUCAUUUGGUUACACCGAUUGGGUUUGUUAUAUAUGAAGAUGUUGCUCUCUUGUUGCAUCAGCAUUUACCUAAUGGUAACUUAGCUCAGCUGAUUCAUGAGUCCUCCAAGAAGCCAGAGUACCAACCUGACUGGCCAAUGAGACUGUCCAUAGCCGUUGGAGUAGCUGAAGGCUUAGCGUUUCUCCACCAGGUCGCCAUUAUUCACCUUGAUGUUUCCUCUAGUAAUGUCCUGCUAGACUCUGGCUACAAACCUGUGCUUGGGGAAAUCGAAAUAUCGAAACUUAUAGAUCCAUCUCGAGGCACCGCAAGUAUUAGCUCAGUUGCUGGUUCCUUUGGCUACAUUCCUCCAGAGUAUGCAUACACAAUGCAAGUGACUGCACCUGGGAAUGUAUACAGCUACGGAGUGGUGUUGCUUGAGAUUCUAACCUCAAGAGCGCCGGUGGAGGAAGAGUUUGGUGAAGGAGUGGAUUUGGUGAAAUGGGUACAUGGAGCUUCAGGGAGAGGGGAGACACCGGAACAGAUACUUGACGCCAAGCUUAGCACUGUAUCUUUUGCUUGGAGGAGGGAGAUGCUUGCAGCUCUGAAAGUCGCAUUGCUUUGCACAGAUAUCACACCUGCAAAAAGGCCAAAGAUGAAGAAAGUAGUUGAAAUGCUUCAAGAGGUUAAGCAAAGUAAAUGAGAGAACUGAAUAUAGUUUCUUUUGUGACAUUCAUAUACAAAAAACGCAUUCCUGUAUAUGCGAGCUUCUCUCAUCUGUGCAUUAUGUAGAGUUUUAUGAUGAAAUGCAAUCUUGGAUUUGCUUAUCUGCUUAUUUAAUUGAAAAAUUAUAAACUAGAUCACGGAAGAAUCAAUGUACAUUAUUGUAAUACUGUUCAACAAA